UUGCAAUUAAGCUUUCUAAUGACAGACACUGCUAAUAAAAUUUUAAAACGAAAAUCACUAGGUAGAGCCGCAUUUAUUGGGUCUCUAUAUAAUGGCACAAGGGAUACGUUCUGCGGUACUACGAUAUUUAAAACGAAGAUUCCAAAUGAUUCCAUAAACGGAGUUGACAUACCCAACAGUGAAUUAUUAUAUGAAUAUGAUGAUCUAUAUAAGGAAAAGUUCGACAAAUUAGACGUUGAAGCUGAGCUAAAAUUAAGCGUUCUCGCGGGACUGUUUGCUUUAGAGGGUUCAGGAAAAUAUUUAAGCGAUGUAGAGGAUGGUUCUAAAACUGUAAAAGGCAAUCUAAUAUAUAGAAUGACUUCAUUUGAAGAAAAUUUAAAUAUUUGUCGUGAUGAUGUUAAAGCAUGCAUUUCUACUGACGGAUUUAGUAACACAGAUGCUACUCACGUCGUGAUAGGAAUAAAAUGGGGAGCUACUAUGAUUGCAUCAUAUGAAUGUAAAAACAUGAAGGAAUCGGACAAGCAUCAAGUUAAAGAAGCGUUAAAGUCUUAUUUUGAAAAAUUAUCUCUUUCUAUUACUGGGAAUGGUGACGUAGACGCUGAAAAGAAUCAACUUAAACUUAUGAAACCAAGGAAAAUCAUGAAAGAGUUUCCUUCAUACGCCAAACAAUCUAAUAAUGGGAAAGGAUUUCCAAUUGAAUAUACUCUCUAUCCAUUGUCAGAACUUGCGAGGCAACUUACUAUAAAUACCACAGUUAAUAGUUUAAUAAUGGAACCAAGUGAAGAAAUUAUUCUAAAAGUAGAUCAAGUUUUUGAUAAUUUAUUCGAAUCAAAACAAAGGCUCAAUGAUUUAUUUAAUGAUGCAAAAUAUAUCUCUAAUCUCAUAUCCUAUAAGACCUUUGAUGAGAUUAACAAACAUGUACAAGAAUUAAGAUUGGAGGAAGCGAAAUUUAGAAAGGAGUUCGCGGAAAGUCUAGUUAAAAUACGUUCUGGAAAAAGUAAUAUUGAUGAGCUUGAGAGCAUAAUGAUGAAAUUUCAGAAAGGUGUCUUAUCCGAGAGUUCUAUUACGACAAGGGCUGACUUGGUACUUACUCUUAAAGAAAAAAAUGUAGAGUAUCUCGGCAAGAUUUCUACUAUUGAUAAUAUUCUGCGUAAGAAUUCAAAAGGCCAUGUCUAUAUACUUAUUGAUGAAAAUAUUAUUAAUGAUGGUUCAUCGCCAGUGCAUAAUAAAUCGAGUAAGUUCUUUGUAGCUGACCCUGAAAUAUGUCCCAAAAUAAAAGGUCCUGAAAGUGAUGAUUAUUACAAUGCUAAUAAAAUGUUAUUUACAUCAAAUCUUAUUAAAUUUGAUCCUCAGCCACAUUUCAAACCAAAAAAUAAUCCUCUUGAGAAGGCGCGAUUACUAAUACCUUGUCCCCAAGCUAAUUGUUCUACAUUUUGUAAUUGGAGAUGUUUCAAAUGUCAGCAUGACGUUGAAUAUGGAUAUAACUGGCAUUUGUACUGUGGAUGUGGUGAAAGUAGUAUCGGCAAUUGCAAAUUCAAAUGCAAUGGUCCUGAUCAUAAUGAAGGAUUUCUAUCUUUUGAAUUCAACACACUUACCACACUGCUACCGUCGGAGCCUCCAGAAGAAAUAAAUAUAUUAUUACUUGGUGAGACUGGCGUAGGAAAAUCCACGUUCAUAAAUGCUUUUGUAAAUUAUCUGAGAUUCGAUACAUUAAAAGAAGCAAAAUCUGGAAAUAUGGAAGUUCUAAUAUCAUCUAAGUUUACAUUAACAGAUGAAAAUUAUGAUACUCAAACAAUAAAAAUAGGCAAUGAUGAUCCAAAUGAGCAAGUAGAAAAUGUAGGAAUGUCAUCAACUCAAGAAUGUAAUAGUUAUGUCUUCUAUGCAGCUGAAAACAAACUCAUAAGAUUGAUUGAUACUCCUGGAAUAGGAGAUACUAGAGGAUUAGACCAAGACAAGAAAAAUUUUGAAAAUAUUCUGAAAUAUAUUAGUCAUCACCGGUAUAUAAAUGGAAUAUGUAUCCUUCUCAAGCCUAAUAAUGCUCGAUUAACCGUAGUAUUUAGGUUCUGCAUACAAGAAUUGUUAUCACACCUUCAUAGAAAUGCAAAGGAUAAUAUUGUUUUCUGCUUUACAAAUGCUAGAGGAACUUUCUACCGUCCAGGAGAUACAUUACCACCACUUAGAAAACAACUUGGAGACCUCAAAGAACGAUCUAGCGUUGAAAUAAAGGUCAAUCAUGAUACUAUAUAUUGUUUUGAUAACGAAUCAUUUAGAUUUCUAGCAGCAAUAAAGAAAAAUAUAUCAUUUACGGAUGCAGAUGAACAAAACUUUGCAGAAAGUUGGAAAAAGUCUGUGGAAGAAUCAUUAAGACUUAUUCAGUAUCUUGUGACACGCCAACCUCAUGAGGUAAAAGAUACUCUGUCGCUAAAUAGCUCUAGAAAUAUAAUAGGACAACUUAUUCAAACAAAUAUUAAGUUAAUCAAGGAACAACAAAAUGAAAUAAAAAAUUCUGCUAAGACUAUAGAAGAGCUUAAAGAAAAUCUAUAUAUUCCACAAAUAGAUCUCGAACCGGUAACAUUAGGUUGUGUCGAAUCAUUGCAAAUUGAACAAACUAAUAUUAGCAAGGUAAAUUAUGUAACACACUGUCACGACCAUUGUUAUUUAGACGCACUAAGAGGAUGCGCUGCUAUGAAUCCAGUAGGAAUAUGCAAUUUAUGUGACUGUAAAUGGGAUAAGCAUAUGCAUAUUACAUACGAGAAUGUAAAAGUAGUAAAAAAAAUUGUCGACCAAAAUGUAGAGUUGCAGAUUUCAAAAAAGAAAUCAGAUCAAGAAACCAAAAAAGCAAUUAUAGAGGAUUAUCAAGAAAGGGUAAAUCAACUGCAAACAGAACAGCAUACAAUAAAUGAAAUUAGCUUAAAGUUUGCACAAUUUUUAAGACAAAAUGCAAUUGCCGCUUUUAAUGAUGCAUAUGCGGACUAUCUGGAUCAUUUCAUAAACGAAGAAAAAAUUAAGAAGAGUGCCGAUCCUAAUCGCUAUGAUGACGAAAUUCUCAAGGGACUUGAAGCUACAAAAAGAAGUUAUUUGGAACAAAUUGAGGUUAUUAAAAAAGCAAUUGAAACUAAUGAUCCAUCCAUGCCUACAAUAUCACCAAACGAUAUAGCCAAGCUUGAACAGCAAUUGUACAAUUUACCAAUUAAUGGUCAUACUCUAAAAAAAAUUAAAGAUGAAGCAAAGCGUAGUCAGAAUAAUGUGUUCAGAUAUAGAGAAAGUUAUUAUUCAAGAUCAAAAAAUUUUAUAUCAAGUACAUUCGCAAAGAUUUUCAGAUAACUCAUUUUCAGAAAAAUCAAGUCAAUAAAUACUAGUAGUAUUAACAUCUAAAUAUCUAUUAAUUGAAAAUAUCCUUUCUUGGAC